CAUACCGUGUACAGCGCCUGGCCGCGCCACAUGUUUGUUGGCAGAACUGUCAACAUGAAAGCGAAACAUAAAUCCUUAUGAAUCCGGCGUAAAAAAAGACCACAACGUGUAUGUAUAGUUGGGCGUUUCAGUUAGACGAAGGCCGACAAAUAGUCAGCACGCGAUCGCGACGACCUGUGUCGGCCAGCUGUACCGCCAGUACUUGUACAUCGACGGUUCUACUCAAUAAUCGUAUUCAUGUGCACAAAGGGGGAGGGUCGCGCAGAAGGACAAAUAUAAUUAAACCAAAAUGAGUGAUGACGAAGAUUUACCGACAAGUAAACUAAAAGAUGAUGGACUUAAAGAUCCCGAAUCGGGCUAUUCAAAAUUGUUCAAAAACAAAAUGGAAAGCCGAAGAACCUUCUACAUAGUUUUAACAUUACUAAUAUUCAUAUUUGCAGUGCUCAUAAUAGCUGUUUUCGGAUUAUCAUUUGCCUACUUAACGAAAACAGAAAACCAAAACAAAAGAAUAUGUACAACAGAAGACUGCUUAAGAUCUGCUACAACAUUAAUUGAGUCAAUGAAUAAAUCUGCAGAUCCAUGUGAAAACUUUUAUGAAUUCGCCUGCGGAAAUUACCCCAAAUUGCAUAAAAUACCAAAAACAGCUUUAUCAAAUGAUCGAUUUACUGAAGUAAACGCUGUAAUGUUAUUAUUUAUAAGAGAUUUUAUGGAAAGAGAAGAUACUGAAAAUGAGGCGUAUUCCGUAUCGCAAUCCAGACUUUUGUAUCAAUCUUGCAUGGCAACAGAUGAAAUGAAUAAAAAUGGUAUCAAUAAGUUGGUUCAAAUUUUAGAUCAAAUUGGCUUGCCACACAUGGGACUUUAUACUAAAAUAAAAUCUCCGAGUUUAUCGCCAAUUUUAGCUAAAUUAAAAAAGUAUAUUAACUUAGACUUUUUAUUUGUAACAAAUGUCGAUUCAGAUACAAAAAAUCGGACAACUAAUCGAAUUAGUUUAAGUAAACCAAGAGAUAUAAAUAUAUUUCCAGUUCAUGAAACAACAAAUAAUAUUAAAAAAAUGAGUACAAGAAAAAUGCGUGAAACAUUAGCAUCUGAAGAAGAAGUAAAUGAUAAUGAAGAGUAUACAGAAGGAAUUGAUUACUUAAAAUCGUAUGCAAAAUAUUUCAAAAACGUUUGGAUGGAGAUUUAUAAAUCAAAUAGUUUUAAUCCUAAAUUAAAACAUGUAUCACAACUAUUAAAUUUCAUCAAUGAACACUCAAAGAUAAAAGAUAAAAUAUAUGAAGGAGAUGAAGAACUUCCAUCACUCAUGACUGUUGAAGAAUUACAAAAUUUUACUGAUUAUAUUACACAAAAUUUUACUAAAACAAACGAACAAAUUAUUGAUUGGAAGCAAUACUUAACAAUUCUAUUUAUGGAUGUAGAAAAUAUAACAUUGGAUUUCGAAAUUGAUUUGAUUCAAAUCUCUAAUAUUAAAUACUUUGAAGCUCUAUUCGAAUUAAUUAGUAAACAUAAAAACAAUAUCAUCAUCAAUGUAUGGUGGGAAGUAGUUGUUACUCUUUUGCCUUAUACUACAAAUGAGAUGCGAUUUAUACAAGAUAGAUACUACUAUGAAACAACCGGAUUAGAAAAUAAUCCUUCUAGAUCAAUUUAUUGUGCAAAUGCUGUAAACUCGAUGAUGGGAAUGGCUGUUGCACGUUUAUUAUUAGAUACGGAAACAAUAUAUAAUAACUCAAAAAUGGCAGUUGAAAUGAUUGAAAAUAUUCAUUGGGCAUUUGAAAAAAUAGUCAAAGAAUUAAAUUGGAUGGAUGAUACGACUAAAAAAAGAACACUAUACAAGGCAGAGCAGAUGAGAACGUUCAUUGGCUUCCCUGAAUUCAUAACUGACCCACAUGACCUUGAUCAAUACUAUUAUGAUAUUGAAGUAGUAGAAAAUGACUAUUUUGGGAACGUUAUACGUUAUGUUCAACGACAAUUGAAUGAGUCUUUGGUAGUACUUAGACAAUUAAAUGAUUACAAUAUCAACUCUUGGGCAUCAGAUCCAUUAGAAGUAAAUGCAUACAAUUGGAUUCAAGCAAAUGCAAUAACUGUUCCAGCCGGCAUAUUACAAUUUCCUUUUUUUGGACAUGAUUUGCAGAUGCUCAACUACGGUUUUCUUGGCUCUAUACUGGGACAUGAACUGACACAUGGUUUUGACAAUACUGGCCGAAAAUUUGAUCACGAAGGAAAUGAAAAUAUGUGGUGGACUAAUCAAACUAUCGCCGAGUAUGAAAAACGUUCUGAAUGCUUCAUUCAUCAUUAUGAAUCUUAUUUAGUACCUGAAAUCGAAGAAAAGAUAAAUGGUAAAUUAACAUUAGAUGAAAAUAUUGCUGAUAAUGGUGGAUUGAGAGAAGCACUUUUGGCUUAUAGAAAAUUUGUAAAUGAUUACGGCGAAGAACCUAAACUACCUGGAUUUGAACAAUAUAGUAAUGAACAAAUGUAUUAUUUAGCUUUUGCAAAUAAUUGGUGUGAAACAACAACACGUGAAUCAUUAUCAAACAGUUUAUUAGACGAGCACAGUCCAAAUAGCAUACGAGUUCUAGCAGGACUAACCAAUUCAGAUGAAUUUAGUGAGGUAUGGAAAUGUGAAAAAGGUUCAAGAAUGAAUCCAAAAAUUGAAAAAUGUAAAAUAUGGUAAUUAUUAAAACAUCAAAUUGUCUUAAUUUAUUAUUUUACUAUAAACAU